UGUUUUGGAAGGCCAUGAGCUAUUUCCUGUUCUUGUAGAAUCAAGAUUCCAGGAAGCAGGGAGCUUUUAUGACUCACAAAUGUUCCAAAAUUCUGCACCUGAUAUCGUGGUUGUUCUGGCUAUUUGUACAAAGAAAGAAAUGAUGCAUACUUCCACUUUCUAAAAGGCGCUUGAGUUUUUGCGAGUCUUUAUUUAAACUAGUGGAAGGUUUUCCAAGCGAAAUGGAAUCCAGUAAAAGAACGCCCAGCGUUAUUGCUAGAUUGAUGGGUCUUGAUGAACUGCAGCCUCAGCAGCCUGUCCAAAAACAACAAAGAGUUCUUUCUGAGUAUUAUUUACAGAGAGUUGCUUCUAUAGGUGUCAGGGAGAAGCGCCCAUCCCAUGAACAUGCUUCAUUUAGGAUGAGCAUUGAAGAGCGAAAGGAAUUAAGUUACAUCUUUAGAGUAUUGGAAACAUUGAGUAGGCAUAAGCAACAUAAUCCCCCUGUUAAAGAGGGGAAAGGUAGCUCCAGUUCAUCAGAAGAGAAAUUGGCAUUCAUAAGGCAGGAUUUUUUAGAUGCAAAAUGCCUUUCAGUGGAUAAGAAGCUUCAAAACCGGACGGAAGUUCAAGAUGCAACAAAGACUACAUAUUUUAAGAAAGACCCUUUUCCAAAAUAUCGCCAAGAACCAGAUUCUUCAUUUGGCAAGUUCUUCCAUGAUCGGCAAGGUGUACCUCUGGACAAAUGUAGAAAGUUAGGGAGGGAAGCUGUACAAGGGAAUGUUAAAUUGCUGCACAAAUCCGACAAUGGCCAAAAUUCCCAUGCCGAAAUUGACAUCAAUGAUAUAUGCAAAAUUUCAAGAUCUCAAUUGGAGUCAAACAGCGAAGCAUGCCAUCCCCCAACAAAAAUUGUUAUUUGGAAACCAAACCAUGGCAAGGCAGAGAAUGAUGCACGGUGUUUCUCUUCAUAUUGUUCUUGUGAAGGUUUGCCUUUGGGUGAUAGGAGGCUUAAAGAGCUUCGUAAUACUGAAAAUGGGAAAUUAGACAUCAAAGUCAGUGAGGGGAAGAAUUUGGCUUACGGCUUGGAAUCUACUAGGCAAUGCCCGGUAGAUUCAAAAGAGGACGCUACCAAACAAACAAGGCAUGGCUUAAUCUGGAUUUCACCUAAGGUAUCAAGAUCAGAAUUGAGAGUUGAUGGCACAUCUUCCAAAGAUUCUGAGCUGAUGAUGCCUUCAAAUUUAUCUGAUCGGAAGAAUCGAUACAAGUUCUUGUUUUCAUUUUCACAUGGGUCAUAUGUUUCCAGGGGAGCAAAAAAGCAAAUCUUGGAACAAUGGAAGUUGAAUAAGACGUUCCAAAAAGAUGGAUUGGUUGGUAGAGCGAGUACUCUGCGUGGAUUGCUUGCCACGGCUAAUGGUGAAAUUGGAACAAGAAAUGUCCAUCACAAGCCUAGUAAGUACGGCCUGAGCAAUCAAACUGCUCCAAAUGAUGUGCAAGUGAACUCGGGUGUUCUUUUAGGUGUUGUCAACAGGUAUGGCUUGAAAGAUGGGUCUGUCAGAAACUUUCCAAUGAUCACAUCUCCUCCUGCAUCUUCUUCUGCCAGUCUUCAGAGCGACAGGUAUUUGAGCCUGGAAAGGUCUAUUAAUUGGGCACAACACAAAUCAAGAAAUCAAAAUUUAAACCAGAAAGAUGGUUUAGGAUAUAACAACAUGUUCAGCUAUAAGAAAUCUCAUCCUUUUCCCUGCUCGGAUUUAGAAGUUAAACGUAUUGCAGAAGAUAUGCUUGUGGUCGUGGAUGAGGUGAAGGGCCAACUCGACAAGGAUCUGUCUAAUCAGGAUUUUAUGGGUUCUCAGUUAAGCUCCAGUGUUUCUUACUCUGAUAUGGGAAAUAGUUGCAUUGUACAGGACACAUGGGUGGUGAAAGGUGAGAUGAAGCACAAGCUUCAUAACAGCAACAUGUCAGCACAGAACAUCUUGCAGCUUCCUCAGCCCUUGGUUUGUAGUGCUGCCUCAGUGAGUGUGGUAACUGAUGUGGUAACUGCUGCAGAGGGUAAGGUUGCGAGUGGGGCCGGCAGGCCUUGUGGAUAUUCCAAGGAAGAGCAGUUUGAAUCAAUUCCCUGCAUCUUAGACACAAAUUCUGAUUCUUCUAGUCAUACCUUGGAUACAUCAAUUCAGCAGGUAAUGUCAGUUGGAUUUCAUGAAGAAGGUUCUGUUUUCUCACAGUGCUCUCACACAGAGCCAGAAUCCAGAUUGAGCUUGGUGGAUGCUUAUUAUCCCAGUCCAGUUUCGGUUCUGGAACCUGCUUGCAUAGAAGACCUUUCAUGUAGUUUGGAAUGCUUAGAGACUGUCAACACUGACGACAUUUAUGAUUUCUCAGAAAUACAAGCAGAAGGAUCUGGAAUGAUCGUGUCAAGUGAUGAAGAUUCCGGAGAAGGAUCUGUAAAUGACCCUGAAGAAAACGAAGGGUUAAUGAGAUUAUUUAGAGUGGAAGAAAGCAGGAAUUUCUCCUACCUUACUGAUGUCUUAACUGAGGCAGGUUUUCAUGAUGGGAUCCUUGAUAUGGACUUUUCUACCUGGCAUUCUCCAGAAUACCCAAUGAACCUUUCAGUUUUUGAGACUUUAGAAAAACAGCUUGGUGAGCAAGCUUCCUGGAAGAGGCCGGAAAGGAGGCUACUCUUUGACCGAAUUAAUUCAGGGCUUAUGGAGAUUCUCCGGCCAUGCAUGGGUGUGCCCAAAUGGGCAAAGCCUAUAUCCAAGAGAUUUAAGCCAAGGCUGAGUCAGGACAUAAUUGAGGAAGAGUUGUGGAUGUUGCUAAUCAGCCAAGAAAAGGAAGCGAGUAAGGACUCGACAGUGAAAGUGCUGCAAAAGGAACUGAAUUCUUUAGAUUUAGGAGAUGAUAUUGAUGUUAUAGGUAGUGAAAUAGAGAGAUUAUUGAUUGAUGAGCUUGCGACAGAGGUGAUUAGCAUGGACACUUUUUGAGUAGACGUGUUAUUUUUGGUGGAUAUCUACAUGAUUUGAAAACCAUUCAGAAAAAUAUCUUUAUGCAUACACUAGUCGUUUUUAUAUCUGAGUGUAGUAGUGUGACGAGGAGAUAUGUAUAGAUUAGUUUGUUCAUAAUCCUAUAUGAGUGUAUUGAUAUUAUCAAGGGAUCGUGCAUUUUUGAGAUAUGUGUAUUAUGAGCUGUGGAUCAAAUUCUUUGUUAUUUUGUUCACAUUUAUUCAGGGAUUGAAGUUUCAUGAUUUUUC